UCAAUCUCAGUGGCAGCCGUGACUCUGCUCACCUCACAUCGUGGGUUGCCGCUUCCAGACACUUCCCACAUGAGCUGUGAGGAGAUGAGCCGCCGCCCGCUCCCGCCGGCGGCCGCCCCGCCGCUGGAGGACGACAACCUCCUCUCCGAGAUCCUCCUCCGCCUCUCGCCAGAUCCGUCCUCCCUCCCUCGCGCCUCCCUCAUCUCCAAGCGCUGGCUCGGAAUCGUCUCCGACCCCGGCUUCUCCCGCCGCUUCCGCCUCCACCACCGCCACAACCCACCUCUCCUCGGGUUCUUCUACCACGUCUCGGACUUCGAACCUGCAAUGGAUCCCCCCAAUCGUGUCCCGGAUUCCCACCUCUCUUCGUGCCUCGAGACCCUCGACGACGACCGCAUCUGGUACUUGAUGCCCUUGGGAUCCCGCCAUGGCCUCCUACUCACCUUCUGCGAAUUGUGGAACAAGCUCCUGGUGUGGGACACCUUCAACGUCGAGCAGCACCACCUAGCUGUUCCCCCGGGGUUCGAUUUGGAGAAGGCCUGGGCCAGCGGGGCGGUGUUUCGCGCCGCCGGAGACAACCAAUACUUCCAGGUGGUCUUGGUAAGCACAGAGACAGCUGACCAACAACAUACACGGGCAAUCGCCCGUGUUUACUCAUCGGAGACUGGCGGAUGGGGUGAUAUUGUCUCGACACCGCUUCCACCCAAGGCUUCUAGUUCUACUAUGGGCGAGGGCGAAUUUCCCACCAAGAUUACAAUGUUCUUAACUAUCAGUGUGCUAGUUGGGCAUUCCAUUUACUGGUUGCUCAUUGACAGAUCGGCAGAAAUUAACACAUUGGAUGGCAUCCUUGAGUUUGAUUUGGAGAGGCAGAUUCUAGCUGUGAUACCGGUGCCAUUGGAUAUUGCCAAUAAUAGUCUAGCCCAAUUCCAGGUUAUGCGGGCAGAGGGCGGUGGCCUUGGUAUUCUCUCUCUGUCAAAAUUCAGCGCCCAAUUAUGGAAGAUGGAGACCGAUUCUGAUGGUGUUGCUUCAUGGAUGCUGCAAAGAACUAUCAAUCUAGAUAAACUACUUUCCACGAAUUCAGAUAUUGAGAGAGGGCCGCCCCCAAUAAUACUAGGGUUUGCUGAGUACAAUAAUGUGGUAUUCCUAUGGACACAUAUUGGCGUCUUCACGAUCCAGCUUGAGUCCCUGACGUUCAAGAAAGUUUCCAAAACCCUCAUGGGUCGCUAUUUUCCAUUCGAAAGUGGCUAUGCUGCAGGAGGUAGUAGCAUAUGCCUUUACAUUGCUGGCAAGCGUAUUGGUGGUGGACAUGAUGGAGCUGAACUUUUACAUAAUACAUAAGAUGAUUCAUCAGAUGGAUAUGCUAUUGUGAUGUAUUAACUGAAUAUUAUCAAGAGGUCCAGAGAUGGGCUUGGGUUGGGCGUAGGUUCUUCAGUUUCGUGUGGCUGAGAAUGAGGUGCAGAAAUGGCUUGUUGGGGUGUUCCUGUGGUGUGCUCCCUCUUCGUAUUACCACAACGGAGAACUGUGCGGUGGACUUGUAGGAAUUUAACUGCGUAAUUUGCUAAUCCGCAUCUAUUAUGUCAUGUUGAACUUUUAUGUGGCCCUUGCUAAUGAAUGUUGAAUGUUGAACUGCAACUGCAACUGCCUGCCUGGUACUACUUUCCUUCUCUUUUGCCUUGGGAUGCCGUGACUGAAAGAUGCCUGGUUUCUGGCU